GGUGUGGAUGCCACCGCAUCAAUUGAGACGGCAGUAGACCCAGCCCUACCACUUCCACUCAAUCCGCCUUUACCUAUUACGAUCCCAACGUCUUCUCAAUUCCUGCCCUGGUUUUCCGUCAAAUCAUCGCAAUCAAGUACUCUGGACCGCGAAUUGUGGACAUACCCGCGGACACCGCAGGAGGAACGGCAUUGUAAGGUUUUCUGCGCCUUGUGGGAGAAAGGUUUCUUCAUCACGAGUGGCAGUAAAUUCGGAGGAGAUUACUUGCUAUACCCUGGCGACAUUCUGAGGUUCCACGCACAUUUUAUCGUGGCCGUGGUACCGAUGAAGACCUUAUAUAGCCCGCUCGACGCGGUCAUGUUCGGCCGGCUGGGGACAGCCGUGAAAAAGCGGUUCGCGCUAUGUUCGUGGGAUGAUGAGAAAGACGAGCUCGUUUCUUUCUCGCUAGAAUGGACGGGAUGG